UGACACUGGCACAUCCAAAUAGUUUAUUGUGCUACAUUUCGAGGUUCGAUGUGAAAUGUUUUAAAACAAUUUUAUGAAAAACAACGUUUUCAUUAGUUAUUAAUUGAACCAAUAAUUUUAAUAAAUUGGAUACUCUAAACUAUAUAAUAUGACUUCGCGGAACCCACAUACCCUUAUGGCACUGCCAAAUGAGGAAAGUUUUGAUUUCCUCUUUAAAGUUGUUUUGAUUGGAGAUUGCGGAACUGGGAAAACUUGUAUUGUGGAACGUUUUAAGACUGGGAAUUUUAUCGAACGACAUGGAAAUACAAUUGGUGUAGACUUUUCAAUGAAGACAUUGAAUGUAGAAGGAAAGCAAGCAAAGCUUCAAAUAUGGGACACUGCAGGGCAGGAACGUUUUCGUACAAUUACUCAAAGCUACUAUCGCUCAGCAAAUGGAGUUAUAAUUGUUUAUGACAUAACCAAACGGGCUUCUUUUUCAAAUUUACAAAAAUGGAUUGAGGAAGUGCGACGCUACACGGCAUCAAACGUGAUACUCAUUUUAAUCGGCAAUAAAUGUGAUCUUGAAGAAGAGCGUGAAGUACAAUUUGAGGAAGCAAAACAAAUGUGCCAAUACAUACCAGAAAUACUUUUUGUAAUGGAAACAUCAGCUAAACAAAAUACAAAUGUGGAAGACGCAUUUGUCUGCUUAGCGACGGAGCUAAAGAGGCGACAUGAUGCCAAUACCGUGGAAGCAGAUAAAGAAGAUGCUUUACGACUGGGCCAAAGCAAACCGCUCAAUAAUUGUAGCAGUUCUUGCAAUGUAACAUAAAAAAUGCCCUUCAAUUUUAAAGGUUCUCGAAAUUCGUUUGUGAUCAUGUUUUAAUUUUAUGCAUUAAGGUACUUCUAUUAAUUUUUUAAUACUCUUCCUUUAAAUUUAAUUAUUACUUAGACAAUGCAACACAUAGUUAAAUGUAUAUUAUAAUUGUAUAUCGGAUAAUAUAUUUGUAUUUCAUUAGUUAUAAUUCUUAAAAUAUCACAAACUUAAGAAUGACCUAUAACCAAUGUACAAAAUUUUUAAGUGCAGGAAGUAAAAAAAAUUAUGCCGACGGGAAACUACAAAUGUAUUCAGAUUUUAAUUUUUUCCGACUAAACUAUAGCACAAUGUAUAUAAAUAUACAUUUUGAUAUAAAUAUAAACAUUGUGAUGUAAAUA